GGCUACAUAAAGCGAAUAAUGGCACAGAUAUAAAGAUGAGUCCUCUAUCUAGCUCUAUGCUCCCAAACGAUAGGAUUAUGGUUUAACUUGCGAAUUAGUUUUCUUUUAGGUUGUUUCUUUUAUUUUCGUUCAAUUUUGGGUUUUGGACAGAUUAUUAGAUGGAGAACGGUGGCUUGUCAUGAAACUCCAGACUCAGUAUGACAGGUGGCUCAUUCACCCCCCCUCCUCUCCCAUGCAGAACCUAUUCCCCAGGUCGUUGUUGUAAAUAUGUUUUCAGUCUACUUACCUGGUGAAGAGUGAUUCCAAAAGAACGUUGAAAUCGAGGGAAUCCCCAACUGUGAUGCAGCCUAACUCCAGUGAGCUGGGUGCCCAUCAGGCAGGACAUGGUUUGUCUCUGACGCUACUGACCAGGACACCAGCAGGGGCUACAGGGGGCUCUGCUGUCCCGGAGACUAGUGGAGAGGUCCGGGUACCUAUCCUCUCCAGCGGGCCCUGGGAGUCAUGUAGAGGAGGGGCGUCAUCCCGUAGGUCCAGAGCCAGUUCCAGAACCAGUUCCCACAGCCACUCUCAUUCACAUUGUGGGGGACACCAGCACUCCCACAGUGAGCCCAGUGAGGUGGACCCGGCUGAUGCUGAUCUGGAGUCAGGGGAGCCCAGCACCUCAUUCUUGGAGCUGCGCUACCUCUUCCGCUGGGUUCAGAAGAGUCUUCCUUUCAUAAUCAUCCUUUGUGCUAAACUGGUCAUCCAACAUGCCCUAGGUCUAGCUGUUGGAGUUGGCUUAUUUACAACUUUUCUUUAUGUGAAUAAGAACAUUCAAACCCAAGUCUUUCUUCAGGAUCGUCGGUCAAAGAUAGAGUGCAUAUGGCUGCUCCUCUUCCUGGCGUCCUCCACACUCCUGCUUUACUACACUUUUCUCACUGAGACACUUUACUAUUGCCUCAUCUUCCUAAACCCAGCUGUUGAGCCCCUAGGUUUCUGGGAGGUCCUAUGGGUGGUGGGCGUCACCAACUUCACACUCAAGUUCCUCAUCAUGUGGUUUAAGUGCCUUAUCCUACUGCUGCCCUCUAACCUGGUGACCUACAGAGCCCAGGGACGGUGGUACAUGCUGACUGAAGAGGUGGGCCAGGUGUACCAGGCUGUGGCUCCCACCCCCCUAUGGUUCCGCUACCUGGUCACCUACCAGAAAGUGGAUGGAAAUACUGGCCUCACCCUGGGAGUUCUGCUGGCUUUGGUCUACUUCAUACUCAAGCUUUUAGGAUUGUAUGGACAGUGGGGGUCUUUCCAGAAAACUGUGAGGAUAUUUCUCAGUGGUGAGCACACGGGGGCAGCAGCCACCAGGAGCCAGUGCAGUGAGGCUGGGGACAUCUGUCCUAUCUGUCAGGCAGAGUACAGAGACCCAAGGGCCCUCCUGUGUCAGCACAUUUUUUGUGACGAGUGCAUUGCUCUCUGGUUCAACCGGGAGAAGAUGUGUCCACUCUGCCGCACGGCCAUCACAGACAAGGUCCACAAGUGGAGGGACGGGGCCACGUCACCUUACCUCCAAAUCUACUGAGAGAAGGAGACAAUGGAGUAAAGAAGUGGAGACUCUUGGACACUGUUUGCGAUGUGUGAAUGACAGUUGUAUUGACAGCAAUACUCCACUCAUCAUUGGCUUGUGAAGCUGAUGACCACACUGUUCCUCCAUUCAUUAAGGGCUGUGCCUACUACUGGCCAACGUCAGUAAGAGCGCAUAAUAUUUGCAAUAGGAUUGGGAUGCAUUCAGCACCUUGGCAUGUUACUGUUACUGUUGCAACUGUAACUCCCUCUCCGACUGUCACUUUUCUACACGACUGACUGACGGUAGUUCUCUCUCUGCAUGCCCUCUAGUGCUGUUUUUAGUUCCUUUUCUUUUCAAACGUUUAUAUUUUUUUAUCAUGAUGUGGAAAUAUUCAUGUUUUUUGUUUUCACAGCCAGCCUAAAAAAAAGACCAGACAGCCUCUUUCUUUAUUAGGCAGAGCUGUCAGGGAAUAACCUGUUACCACAUCUGUGUUUGCCAUUGACCAUAGGAGUUGGCAAGACAGCACAAACUGAUCUUGCACCAGGCUAGUCCAGGAAUACCUGGGGGUUUCUUCUACUUGUAAAUAGGGGUGGCUUCAUGAGAGGAAUAUGUUAGAGUAUUUUAAUCAAAUGUAUUAUAUCACUCCCUCCUAAAUCAUACCAAAUUAAAACACGCUUUGAUCUUUGUUUGGUAGAUACCUGGUCUUUCAAACACUUUUCUCUUUGAGUGGCAAAGAAUCCAGCGUGUUGCAAAGGGGAUGCCAUUCUGUGUCUGAUACAGGCACUCAGGCUAGUAGUGGUUAAAGAACAAAAUGUAUUCAACACAUUGAGAAACAAUAACAAACACCAAGGUUGCUAUUUAAGAAGUUCUUCAUUUUGGAGAUUUAUUCUUUUCAAAUGAAGUCAGAUUUUUUACAUUUGUUUUCCAGAUGACAAAUAUGAGAUUGAGAUUUGGUUUGAUCCAAAAAUUAUUUUUCUAAAGCGAUGACGGUUACAUCCUUUUUGAAAACCAAAGAGUGGGAGAAUCCAUUUAUUUUAUUAUCAUAUUUAACUAUGUAGUGAAAUUUCAUUUUUUUCUUGCAUAAAGUCGUUCAAUCAACAAAUGAAAUUAAAUAUAUAAAAUUCCUUUUCUUUUCAAUUAUAGCCUAGAAUUCAAA